GUCGCUUCGCGGCUCCUUCGUCUCAUAGUUUGUUUCACCGUUUGGUCAUCAGAGCCAAGUGGAAGAGAGGACAGCUGUCUCAGCGCUGUGUGUCUUGGCCGGUCGCUCGGCGGUGGGAGGGCCCAUUCGGGGGUGCUGACCUUAAACAAACGAGUGGGUAGAACAAGUUGAGGGAAGUUUGUGGCCGUGGGUCGGAGAGGAAGGCGAGAGAGUGGGCGCUCUCAGAGAAGCGGGUUUAGCCGUGCAGCUGCAGCUCGGAUCGGGAAGAUGGCGCGGCGCUGCGCCCGUGCCACGUCUCGGUUUACUGAAGCGCCAAAGCUUUGUGUCGGGAUGACAGCGGCUGCAGCCCUGUUCCUCUGCUUGGGUCUGGCUUUUCCUCCCGCUGCCGAGGCCGGGCUGUACACGGCUUCAGACCAGAUCGUGCUGCUGUCCGAGGAGAACGUGGGCUCGGUUCUGGUGAACAACUCUGCCGCUGUGGUCGCGGAGUUUUACGCGUCGUGGUGCGGACACUGCAUCUCCUUCUCCCCCAAUUAUAAAAAGCUGGCCAUGGACAUCAAAGAGUGGAAACCAGCAGUGAACAUGGCUGCUGUAGACUGUGCUGCUGAGGAAAACAGGAACCUUUGCAAGGACUACAAAAUCACAGGAUAUCCCACUGUUAAGUUCUUCCAUGCCUACUCCACACCAGAGUCAUCGGGGGUGCCUUACAGAGCUCGUGAUGUUCGAGUAUUGCGUCAAUUGAUCAUAGACAGUCUGGAGUCUCAUGGUGAGCCCUGGCCCCCCGCCUGCCCCCCGCUGGAGCCCACCAGCGAGGCAGAGAUCGACAACUUUUUUAAAACCAACUCGGCUCAACACCUGGCCUUAAUCUUUGAAGAUGCAAAGUCUUACGUUGGCAGAGAGGUGACCCUGGACCUGCUGCAGUUUGAGAACAUUACUGUGAGGCGGGUCCUGAACACGGAGGACGGUCUGGUGGCCAAACUGGGCGUGACCGACUUUCCCUCCUGUUACCUCUACUAUCCAGAUGGUAGUUUCACCAGACUCAGAGUGAACUUUGAAGCUCGCACUUUCUACUCCUACGCCCUCCAGAGGCUGCCAGGCGUGGUGCGCUCAGGGAAACCUCCACCUGUCACCACGGAGCUCCUCAAGAACCGCACAGAGGAGCCCUGGAGACCGUUCAACAGUUCCCGGGUGUACAUGGCAGACCUGGAGUCAGCACUGCAUUACUCUCUGCGUGUGGAGCUGGCAGCCCAAGAUGUCAUCAAAGGAGACGCUUUGAUCGCUCUGAAGAAUUACAUGUCUGUCUUGGCAAAGUACUUUCCAGGUCGUCCUAUGGUGAUGAACCUGUUGAGGUCUCUGAACUCUUGGCUGCAGAACCAGACUGCAGAUCACAUUUCCUAUGAGGCAUUUAAAGAGAGAAUGGAUAACACGGCACAGAGAGGGAGUAAAGAGUCAGAUGGCCAUUCAUCACGCACAAUCAUCUCAGAGAAAAUACUUGAAGAUUUCACACCCCAGACCCAUUAUAAAGUUCCAGACGCUGCAUUGCCUGAGGGAGUGAGGUGGGUGGGCUGCCAGGGUUCACAACCCCACUUUAGACGUUACCCUUGUGGGGUCUGGACCCUGUUCCACGUUCUCACUGUCCAGGCUAACAACACUGGUGGCUCAGAUCCACAGGAGGUGCUGAAGGCAAUGAGAAACUACGUCCACAACUUCUUUGGCUGCAGAUACUGCGCAGAGCACUUCGAGAACAUGGUAAAGGAGGGCAUGGAGGGGGUGACCACGCUGCCCUAUGCCGUCCUCUGGCUGUGGUCCCGUCACAAUCAAGUCAAUAACAGAAUUGCAGGUGCGUUGAGUGAAGACCCCCUCUUCCCAAAGAUCCAGUGGCCGUCCCCAGAAAUGUGUCCAUCCUGCCACACGGUGACGCAUAACGGAGAACACGGCUGGAACUAUGAGCAGGUUCUUCCUUUCCUCGGGUCCUACUUCUCCUCCAGCCGCAUCCUACCAGAUUAUCUUGAGAAUGAAGGCGAGGUUUUGAAAAAGCAGAGAGAAAAAUAUUCCCAUCAUCUGCAUGGUUUAUUGGCCCAAAAACGUCUAGAGAGAAUAGGUAGGGAGGCCUCGAACCACUUUCCACCUUCUCCGUCUUCACGUGUGCAAGAGGGGGAGGAGUGGGAGGAAGAAGAGGGACCGCAGGACGAAACGGGGGCAUAUGAAGAAGACAACGAAGGCGGGGAGGAAAAGCCAUCACCAGCAGCUAGCGAGGUAGAGGGCAAGCCGUCUGAACCAACGCCCUGGACCAAAACUAAAUUAGAAGAAGCCGAUGGCCACCAGCAGGCUCACAGGAUACCGAGCAUCAUCGGAAUGAGGCUUCGUCAGCGUCGGCAGCAGGAGGACAUUGUGGAUCUCGACUUGUUUGAGAACCAGCAUUUCAAGGCCAAGGCUCUGCAACUGGCCGCCUCCAGCCGGGUUAAGCAGCGCACCCUGCAAACGAAGGUAGAGCAGGAGCCCCGCCCAGCGUUCAGCCUCGGCAUGGAGCUGGACGCGGGACUCGGCAUGGUGGGCCUGCAGCCCAUUGACGCCGAUCUUGACCUGGAUACCAUUCGCCAGAGGAAGAGGCUGCAAAAGCGAGAACUGGCAGGGCAGUACAUCGGAAGGGAGGCUGAGUUGGCCCACAUGGGGCGCUGGAUGUCUGUCUUGAGCAUUGGUUUCUCAAAUGUAGACAUUAGCCUAUGUGUCAUUCUUUACGCCUUGUCUUUCACGUGUCUUCUAGCCAUGUGCAUUUUCUUUAGAAACCGCCUCAAGAGACGGAGGUUUAAAGUAGCUCUGCCUUGAGCUAAACACGUAAGAAAUGAAUCUGAGCAUCUCACUUUCACUGGGUUAAAAGGGAAUUUAUCAACAUGGAGGAACAUGAUUCUUAUUUUCAGUUGUCUGCGUGAAUGUCAUGGGUUAGUGGAGGUAAAUUGCUUUAAAUAAAAAAAAUCAAGACAGUCCUAAUUUUACCAUCCAGGUUGAUUCCAGCGAGCUAUUCAACUGUAUAAAAUUUGUGCACAUACAAUAAAUUUAUACUUCCAUCCAUUCCUGUUUGGGUUUUUGCAAAUCAUUGAGAUAAUUUCUUGUUUUUGAACUUUUUCCCUCUGCUGAUGCACAAAAAUUGAAUUCAGUUUUAAUUGGUAAAUUUAUGUAAAUAUCAGAUUACACUGGUGAGUUCCCAUUGUGGCUAAACUGGUUGUUGAGGUGCUGUGGAAUGAUAAAUAUUCACACUGGAAACUGUAUCAGAAUAAGCUUGAUUUGUUUGGUCAUCUAACGUGAAAUGUCCAUUUGCCACUAACUGAAUCAAUAAAAUUAUUUUUGAUAUGUU